AUGAAGAACAUCCCAGCAGAUCUGAGAAUUUGCAGAGAGCCGCUCACAUCAGCAGGGGUGGAAUUCAUGCCUCCCCUUCGCACCGCGACCAGUCCCACCAAAACCACGCCUCCCGUUUGCAGCCACUGGGGAAAGGGAGCGCGGCCACAGCUUGUCUCUUUAACGCGCGCCCCCGGAGGCCCGGCGCGCCCCCGCCUCUAUAACUGGAGCGCAUGGAGCAGGCUGCGCUCAGAGGAAGAAGGGCGGGCGGCGCUGGGCACCCGCGGACCGACUUCUCCAAGGCUGGGCUGCGCCCGGCUGCCGCGCCGUGCCCCCCGCGGACUGUGCCGGCUCCCCGCGUCCGCUCCCCCGUGCUCGCCGUCGGGCGAGGGCUCCGCCGCCGCCACGCCUCGCGCCCCGCGCCGCCCGCCCCAUGCUGGUGCACACGUACUCCGCCAUGGUGAGUCGGGCCCGGGACGCCCUCGGCGCCGGACCCUGACCUGCGCGGGCGCACACGGGGUUCGGGAGAGGAGCGGGACCGCCGGGUCGCGGCCAGGCGAGGAGGCGGCGGGCGGGAGCGGGCCCCGGCUGAGGUUCCGGCUGCGGGCCCCUCGGUGGCGGACGCCGCCCCAGGACCGACGGCCCGACGCCCCGGCCCGGAGGACCGCUCAGCGGCCGCGGGGUCGCCUCCUCACGCCGCGCCCUCCCCUCCAGGAGCGCCCCGACGGGCUGGGCGCAGCGGCCGGGGGCGCCCGCCUGUCGUCCCUGCCCCAGGCGGCCUUCGGCCCCGCGCCCCCGCUGUGCCACACGCCGGCCGCCGCCGACUUCCAGCCGCCCUACUUCCCGCCGCCCUACCCGCAGCCGCCGGUGCCCUACAGCCAGGCGCCCGACGCCGCCGCCUUCCCACACCUGGCCGGGGACCCCUACGGCAGCCUGGCGCCCCUGGCGCAGCCGCAGCCCCCGCAGGCCGCCUGGGCCGCGCCCCGCGCCGCCGCCCGCGCCCACGACGAGCCCGCGGGGUUGCUGCCGCCGCCGGCGCGCGCGCUGGGCCUCGAUCCGCGCCGCGACUACGCCGCCGCGGUGCCCCGGCUCCUGCACGGCCUGGCGGACGGUGCGCACGGCCUAGCGGACGCGCCCCUCGGCCUCCCCGGGCUGGCCGCGCCGCCCGGCCUAGAGGACAUACAGGCCAUGGAUGAACCAGGAAUGAGCCUCCUGGACCAGUCUGUGAUCAAGAAAGUCCCCAUGCCCUCCAAAGCCAGCAGCCUUUCAGCCCUCUCCUUGGCCAAAGACAGUUUGGUUGGCGGCAUCACCAACCCCAGUGAAGUCUUCUGCUCCGUGCCUGGCCGGCUCUCAUUACUCAGCUCAACGUCCAAGUACAAGGUGACGGUGGGGGAGGUGCAGCGGCGACUCUCACCUCCCGAGUGCCUCAAUGCCUCCCUCCUGGGCGGUGUCCUCCGAAGGGCCAAGUCCAAGAAUGGGGGCCGGUGCCUGCGGGAACGGCUGGAGAAGAUUGGGCUUAACCUCCCAGCAGGCCGGCGGAAGGCUGCCAAUGUGACACUGCUGACUUCGCUGGUGGAGGGAGAGGCUGUGCACCUGGCCAGAGACUUCGGCUAUGUCUGCGAGACUGAAUUCCCAGCCAAAGCAGCCGCUGAGUACCUGUGCCGACAGCAUGCUGACCCUGGGGAGUUGCACAGCCGCAAGAACAUGCUGCUGGCUGCCAAGCAGAUCUGCAAAGAGUUCGCAGACUUGAUGGCUCAGGACCGCUCGCCACUGGGCAACAGCCGCCCAGCACUCAUCCUGGAGCCCGGGGUGCAGAGUUGCCUGACACAUUUCAGCCUGAUCACCCACGGCUUCGGCGGACCCGCUAUCUGUGCUGCCCUUACAGCCUUCCAGAACUACCUGCUGGAGUCACUCAAGGGGAUGGACAAGAUGUUUCUAAGCAGCGCAGGCAGUGGGCAUGGUGAAACUAAGGCUUCAGAGAAGGAUGCCAAGCAUCGGAAGUAACCAUGCUUGCCCUGUCUCUAAAUGGCUCCCAAAGCCUGAAAAGAGCUCUUAGCUCUUGGGGGUGACCGUGAAAGGACUCAAAGGUGGGAUUGGAGUGAGACCAGAAAGAACAUCCAUCCAGCAAACCUAGUUAUGGAUCUGGAUUGGAGUAAGGGAAGGUGACCUUUGUGUGGUUUAAGGGCCCAUGUAUGUUUCACGUGUGUAGGUUUCUGACCUUUGCUGAGAAGGGCUUGGACAGGAAACUGGUGUGGUUAAAGUUGCCUCAUGGAGAAAAGCCCUUCCCAUUAGGGUGCCUGGGCAGCAGUGUGUCCUCCUACGGGUCGACUUUGCCUUUUACUGAUAGCAGGAAGGGCAAUAACAAAUCAAGAGGUGCUACUGAGGAGCUGGUGACCCUCAUCCCAGAAUCUCCUAUACCCGGACAAAGGGUACUGGUGGCAUGAGGCCAGUGAGUUCUUUGGACCCUUCCUACUCUUGGAGGGCAGGAGAGGCCCCCAAGGAACAAAGAAGAAAAAGCACAAAUCACAGAACUUGAAUCACAGUCCUGUUGAUGUCUGUCCUAUUUAUUUAUGUAUGCUGUAAUUAAAUUUGAAAGUUUAAAGAUGUCCAGCACAUCUUAUUUAUCUCAGUGAGUUGGGGGUUCAUUUCAGUUUUCUGCUCAUGCACUGAGAUGUCCACCUGGACCAGAGGGGAGAGGUUGUUUAGCUCCCAAAGGACUAUGGGCGGGCUGGGAGGGAAGGUUGUGUAGGGCAUCUUAAGCUAUCACCUGAAUUUUAUAUUUGUUGUCUCUCCUGGCCCUGCAGUCCAUGUCCCUCCUCAUCCCUCAAAUUGCUUCCUCAUUCUCUAAAACUUUUUCAUUUGGAUAUGAAGCUCUCCCCAUUCUUUAGGCCAGGCCUGGGUUUGCAUCCUAACAGGGCAAGGUCACAGGAGA